CUUCCCGUUUGUGCUAAUUGUUUAAUAGUUAAAUGUGGAAAGCCCAAAUGGUUGUUAGAUGAAAAUGUCGUUUAACUAGAUUAUUGUUUCAUUUCGUAAGUGGUCUGCAUCAAUGUGGUGGCUUCAUAUUGUCAAUGACAUAUGAUGUUUGACUUUACAUUGAAGAAUAUUUUAUGUUUUCACUUGAAUUACACUGGCCAUAAGGGCAUGUACCUCAACUUUCUCAGCUGCCAUUGGGUGACUCUGAGACAAUAGCAUACCAUGGGUGAUUUUCCACUUAUCUUUUUCAUAAGUUCCAUCAUUUUAGCUUUAAAGGUCUAUGCCCAACAAAAUUAUUCAGGCAAUACUGUCAUGAGUUGUGAAGGAACCAAUGAAACAGGAACUACGGCUUCUUUUCUCUUUUCUUGCAAUGGUGAAAAGUUCUCCUGUCGAUCAUUCGUGAUUUUUAGAUCAGAUUCUCCUUAUAAUACUGUUUCUUCCAUCUCAAAACUCCUAUCUUCGAACCCUGAUGAGAUUGUCCACAUCAACAAUAUUUCAAGGUUUAAAAUAUUGGAUCAGAACCAAGAAGUUAUAGUUCCAGUAAAUUGUUCAUGUUCAGGUCUGUACUAUCAGGCUGACACCUCUUAUGUUAUACCAAGCAAAUAUGAUACCUAUUUUCGCAUCGCAACCAGCACGUAUCAGGGGUUAUCUACUUGCAGUGCUCUUAUGCAUGAAAAUGUCUACAAUGCACUGGAUCUGUUUCCAGGUCUAAAUUUGCGGGUACCACUCAGAUGUGCCUGUCCUACAAGGGAUCAGUCAAGAAAUGGUGUGAAAUAUUUGGUGACUCAUUUGGUUACAUGGGGAGACAACGUUUCUAGCAUUAGCGCGCAGUUCAGUGUCAGUAGUCAAAGUACAGCAUAUGCAAAUGGAUUAUCUGAAAAUUCAGUUCUUUAUCCUUUCACAACAAUACUGAUUCCUCUGCCAAAAGAACCAUCAAGCUCCCAAACAAGGACUAUUAAGAGAACACACACUGAAAUCUUUUACCCUUCUAGACACAAAAUAUCAUACCGCAGUCUUUUCAUUGGGGUAGGAACUGGUGUAUCCCUUGCAGUCCUCUGUUUUAUCUUGUUCAUUGUCUUAAAACAUAAAAAGGAAAGCGUAAGAGGUGAAAUACUUGGGAACAGAAGACAAGGGAAACAAAAAAGGAAUUUGCCAGAACAUGUCCUGGAAAGUAUAGUUGGUGAAGGUCAAAUGAUCAAAGUUUAUGAAUUUGAAGAACUGGUGGCUGCAACUGAAAACUUCAGCUCGCGAAAAAAAUUUGGUCAUUGUGUUUAUAAAGGGGUCCUUCGAGGAAAACUGAUGGCCAUCAAGGAGAUGAGCACAGACAUAUCAAAGGAGGUUAAAUUUCUUGCAAAGAUCAACCAUUUCAAUUUAAUUAGCCUCGCUGGUUUCUGUAAGCAUCAUCAACUAUCCUAUCUUGUUUUCGAGUUCAUGGAAAAUGGAUCUUUAAAAGAAUGGCUUUUCAAGGAUGAUAACCCCGAGGCUCAGAGCUGGAACUGCAGAAUUCGUAUUGCCUUAGAUAUCGCUGAUGGUCUAGAUUAUAUUCAUAACUUCACAGCUCCAGCUUAUGUGCACAAUAACAUAAGCAGUAACAGUAUCUUACUUAACAGACAUCUAAGGGCCAAGAUUUCAAAUUUUAGCCUGGCGCGGUCAGCUAACAAUGAAGGAAUGAUAACUUCAUCUAUGAAAUUCAUCGAGGGAAACAAUGGUUACAUGGCACCAGAGUACAUUGAAACUGGUCAGGUUACUCCCAAGAUAGAUAUCUAUGCAUUUGGAAUCGUUUUGUUGGAGAUAAUAACAGGAAAAGGGGCUGUUUUUGAGCAGGAUGGAAAAGAAGUACUCCUGUCAGAGACGGUGCUUGAAAGUAUGGAUGAAGAAUCUAAAAUUCAAGAACUCACAGAUCCAAGGCUACAAGUUAAGCACCCUCUUGGUUACAUAAUUCAACAGACUGAUCUCGUUCUUCGAUUGGUGAGAUUAUGUGCAGCAUGCUUGACGAUGGAACCUGAAAGAAGACCAAGUGCAAAUGAAGUAAUAUCUACCUUACUCAAAAUCCAGUCUGAUGUACAAAACUAGAGAACUUGUGUACAAAUGAAUAAGUGCUUAUAUGUUAUGUUCAGAGAGGUCCCAACAGUGAACUUUUGUUUCUUAAAUGUAAAGUUAAAGACUUGGGUGUGGCCUCUAUACUGUUCAUCUAGUCCCAAUUUCCUUCCUUUUCUCUUUUCUUAGUUUUCACCCAAUGGGCUAUAUAUUAAUUCUUCAUGGA